AUGGCUACGCCUUGGCUGUCAGCUGUGUUGCUUGAGAGACAGGAAUGCAGAGAACUGGGAGAAACCCAGGCCAGGUUGUUGACCCGUGGGCAGGUAUUGGCUGCUGGACCGCGCCAUGAACAGGUUCACAUUGUGGUGGGCCAAGGGGGGAUUUCCAAGCUCGCCAGCCCUUUCAAGGUUUCUGGAAUGCUGGAAGUGAUUGCUCCUGAAGAUGGAUUCAACCUAGAAAAAUGUGAGCCGUUGUCAAGGCAUAAUGGCUUAGGAAGGACAGAUGCAAUGAAGGAACAGAAGAACUGGCAAAAUGGAAGGCUGCAUGUAUUUGGUCCGAAUGAAGAUGUUGUCAUUGAACCAGUUCAAACAGCUCCACGCAUCCGUUGUGGAAAAGAAUCUAGAAGCAGACCUUACACUCCAUCGAAGCAGAUCUUGUUGCGUACAGCUAAAUCGUUAGGAAAGCAGACUGCUCUAGCAAGGAGUUCACAGAAUCAGAAUGCAAAGGCUGCAGUAAAACUGCACAAGAGCAUACAAGAAGAAGCAGAAACCGAUCAUGAUCCUCAGUUAAAAGGAAAUUUACACAAACUGAAUCAUGGAACUGGAAUAACUGGACCAAAGACAGAAUCAAAAGGUGAAAAAGAAGAAACGUCCAAGAAUGAGGAGAAGUCCCCCAACGGUGAGGUCAGGACUGAUACCCAAGUGACCGAGGUGGAUAAGCAAAGUGCCAAUGAAAAGCCAUUAGACAGUUCAGAUAGUGAUGAAUGCAAUGAUGAGUCAAGUGAUGGUGAAGCAGAGAAGAGAACUGCCCCACUAGAAUUAAUGGGAGAGUUUCUGAAAGCAAUAAUGCAACACGAUUACAGACUUGCCAAGAAACUUUGUCAAAUGAUUCUUAUAUAUGAACCUCACAAUCCUGAAGCCGAGCAGUUUCUUCCACUAAUUGAACGAAAAAUGCAAUUAGAAAGCGAACAGGAGGCUGUUGAAGAAGAAACUGAUGAGGAGAGCACGGAUGACAGCGAAGAGGAUACCAGUGAUACGGAAGAAAGUGGGGAGGAAAUGGAAGCAACUUCUGAAGACUCUGAUGCCUAGGAAUUUGGGAGCACCAGGAAUGUGUGUGUGUUUUUUUUAAAAAAAAACUUGUUAUUAAACCAGCUGAUCUUAAUGUGUACAUUUCAAAGGAUUUCCUUUUCCUUCCUAUGUUUUUUUUCCUACUUAACAUUGGUUCAGUGUUCCAGCACUUUCUAAAAAAUGUACGAUGUGUUUUAUUAAUUAUGUAAACUUGAUCGACAGGAUAAGUUCAGUUGAUUCUGAUAAUGUGCGGUUUUUUUAGGCUACCUGGCUGUGAGACUAGCCAUGGGUCUGGGAUUGGCACUCUGGGCAGAUUCAGAUUUGUUACAGGUCAUUGUUGUAUUUAAAUCUGUCCCAUCCCCACUGACUCCCAAGGACUUAUAUUCUUCCAUUCCCUGCUGCACGUCCUGUCUUCUAGCCCUGGUACUAGAAUGAGCAUUCACUCCACCAUGAGAAGUGAGAACCUGGAUGGGCUGUUCUGAGAAUUUCAGAGCCUUGUGCGGCAUCCAUCAUUUUCCUCUGACAGAAUUUCUGUUUUGUUCGUUUUUGUUUGGUGCUCAGGAAUGGGUGUUUGAGGUUUGGGUUGUCCCAGGACCGGGGCGAGGUGCACCCAGUGCACGCGUGCACCCUGCACCCCUCCAAGUUCCCAUCCACCCUGGAGUGCCUCGUCCCGCCCCCAGAACACCCCACCCCCAGAAUGCCCCCUGGAAUGCCUCCACAGGGGCGCGCAUCCAGUGUGUCGUGCACCUCCCCGCCCCCUUGGCGCUACACUACUGGGUUGUCCAUUGACAAGGUAAUAUCUGAUUGUGUAAUAAGGUUGAAACAUUUUUUUGAUCAUUGGCAGUGCGAUUCUAAGUAGAGCUGCAUCCUUCUAAGCUCGGUGGCUGCAGUGUGUCGAGAAAGGUGUUGCUCUUGGAACUGGACUUCACUUAAUUGAAAGGUGGUUGUUCUGUAACGCUAGCACUUCCCAAAAUCCACUAGGCUUCAUCUUACAAGAAGCGUUUCUCUUUUUACUGGAAAGUCUCUUCCCAGAUAGUGCCUACUGCAAAAUGUAUGAGCAAAUACAGUAUACUUUUUUUCUUUUGGAAUAAUUGUUUUAUACAUAUGUCGAGUUAUACAGAUUUAAUCAAUAAAUUAUCUGUGUUGCUUCAUCAUA